CAAAGGAAGAUGCUGGGCAAAGGUAGAAGCUGGGUGUAGCCGUGCAGUUCCAGCAGCUCAGGUGAGGGGUUUCUGUCUCCGUGGGGCUCCUUGUAGGGGAAAUCCUUCUGGGGUCACCUGCUCUUCCCCUCAGCCUGUGAGGAGCACCGGCACUGCCCAAGGCGGUGCUGGCUGUGCUCAUGGAACUCGUGUUUGAGUGACCCCAUCCCCUCCUCCACUGCUGGCUGUAACCCUCUGAGCCUUUCUCUUCUCCUACAGCUUCUUCCUGCAUAUCCUUCUCCAACUUUUUCCCCAUCUUCUUUCCAAAUCUUCUUCCCCUUCUUCUCCAUCAUUUCCUUAACCAACUCCUUCUCCAUUUCAUUCACCCUCUAAUUUUCUCAUCUUCUUUUCUCAUUGUUUAACAAUUUUUUAUCCAUCUACUCCAUCUCCUUCACCAUCUCCUUCUUAGUCUCCUUCCUCUCUCUCCUUUCCCCAACUCCUUCCCCCCUCCUCUCCUCCAGCACAGAUGGGCUUCACAUCGGGCUGCAAAUACCCCAGUUUCUCCCAUCCCUGGAGGACCCUCCUGGCUCAUCUCGUGGCUCUGCACCUUCUCCAUCUGGGAUCAGCACAGCUCACAGUGGUGGCACCAAACCUUCAUGUCACUGCCAACGUGGGACAGGAUGUCGUGCUGCGCUGUCAGUUGUCCCCUUGCAAGGAUGCUUGGCACUCAGACAUCAGAUGGUUCCAGCACGGGUCUGCUGGGCUUGUGCACCACUACCAAAAUGGAUUGGACCUGGAGCAGAUGGAGGAAUAUAAAGGGAGGACAGAACUGCUCAGGAAUGGCCUCUCUGAUGGAAACCUGGAUCUGCGCAUCACUGCAGUGAGCUUCGCCGAUAGUGGGUCCUACAUCUGUGCUGUGCAAGAUUUUGAUGGCUAUGCAGAAGCUGUAGUGGAGCUGGAGGUGUCAGAUCCCUUUUCCCAAAUCGUCCAUCCCUGGAAGGUGGCUCUGGCUGUGGUCAUCAUACUUCUGGUUGGGUCAUCUGUUCUCAUCAUUUUUUUUCUCCAUAGAAAGCAAGGUGAGCUGAGAGCAGAGGGGACAGAGUACAGGGAGGUGUUGUUGGCACAGAACAGAGUGCUGAGUGAGUCCUUCCAGCCCCUUCCACCACCAAAGUCCCUUUAA